GGAACAAGCAGCCCGCGUCCAAGGAGCUCUAGAGUGAUUGUCAGGUACAGGGCCAAUAGUACGCGUGGCGUCUCGAGAGCUGUCGAUGCAAAAGUACUCAAGCAAGGUCGAUCAGGGACCCUGGGAUUUCAUCGGAUUUAUUGUUCGUCCAGCUUUGGACCUCUGAAGACGUGCUUGCUUGUUUCAUUGGCCAUCCGCGCGGCGGUGUGGUUAUGAGCUCAGCGCAUGUAUGCGUCGGCAGCACCGCAUGGACCAAUGUUUGUCCACCCGAUCGUCAUAUCAUUGUCAGAGGUCAGAUGGCGGACUGGAAAGAGGCCCCCUUUGGUGUUGAUCGAGAUGAUGGCAGUUGCGUUCGGGCUAGCUUGUUUCUCGCAUCUAUUUUACCCGCUCUUCUGUCUUUCUUUCGAUUGGGAUAGUGUCGUUGUGGUUCUGAGUGCGCAUGAGUCACACUUUCACACUCCACUUUUGAAGACAGGCAUCUUGGAAAGCUUCAGGCGCUGCUCUGGCAGGUGAGCAACUAUCAUUGUUGGUCUUCGCGGCUAGACUUAGGUACAUGGGGUGACCAUGCCGACGGG